AUGGCAAUUCGACACACUAACGAGGUUCAGGAAAACAAAAUGCAAAUUGAUAAGCCCGAAGAGGGCAAAAUUGAUGAAGAUUUGUACUCUCGUCAAUUAUAUGUGCUAGGGAAAGAAGCCAUGCUUAAGAUGCAAAACUCCAACGUUUUGAUCAUUGGAUUGAAAGGAUUGGGUGUUGAGAUUGCAAAGAAUGUCGCUUUGGCAGGUGUCAAAUCCCUGUCUCUGUACGAUCCAGAGCCAGUGACCUUGCAAGACUUGUCCUCACAGUUCUUCCUUUCGGAGAAGGACAUUGGUGAACAGAGAGCAUUUGCGACUUCCAGUAAGCUUUCUGAAUUGAACCACUAUGUGCCUAUUUCUAUCAUCACAGAGCUAUCAGAAUCAAGUUUGAAGUCGUUUCAGGUGAUUGUUACCACCGAGACAUCCUUAGAGAAACAAGUGCAGAUCAAUGAAUUUACUCAUGCCAACAAUAUCAAGUUUAUUUCAGCAGCAACCAGGGGUUUAUUUGGUCAAGCGUUUAUCGACUUUGGAGACUCUUUUACCGUUCUUGACCAAACUGGAGAAGAACCAAAGCAAGGAAUAGUAUCUGAUAUCGAACCAGAUGGAACCGUGACAAUGCUAGAUGACAGCCGUCAUGACUUGGAAGAUGGAAGAUACGUCAAGUUUUCGGAGGUACAAGGUAUCGAGCGUCUUAAUGAUGGUCAAUUGUUCAAGAUCAAAGUCUUAGGUCCGUAUGCUUUCAAAAUUGACUUUGACAAUUCUUGGGGAACAUACGAAAAGGGUGGAAUUUUUACAGAAGUCAAAGUUCCACAGACUGUCUCGUUCAAGAAGCUUUCUGAUCAGUUGAAUGAUCCAGAGUAUCUUUAUUCUGAUUUUGCAAAGCUAGACAGACCGCCACAAUUGCAUUUGGGAUUCCAGGCUCUCCACCAAUUCCAGAAUGCUCAUGAAGGUCAACUUCCAAAGCCACACCAUGAAGAAGACGCUAACCAGCUUCUAAAACUUACUGAAAAUCUAGCCGAACAGGUCCCAUCUAUCCUAGGAGAAGGCACAGAAGUUGACUCCAAACUGAUCAAAGAGUUAUCUUACCAAGCAAGAGGUGAUUUGCCUGCAGUUAACGCCUUCUUUGGUGGACUGGUUGCCCAAGAGGUCUUGAAAGCCUGUUCAGGAAAGUUUAAUCCAAUUAAACAGUGGUUAUACUACGACUCUCUGGAAUCAUUACCAGAUUCUGAUCGAACUGAGGAGACAUGCGCUUCUAUCAAUUCAAGAUAUGACAAUCAGAUUGCCGUUUUUGGUCUCUCACAUAUUCAAAAGAUUGCCAACUUGAAGGUGUUCUUGGUUGGUGCUGGUGCUAUUGGGUGUGAAAUGCUCAAAAACUGGGCAAUGAUGGGAUUGGGUUCCGGUCCCAACGGAAAGAUUGUCUUGACUGACAAUGACUCCAUUGAGAAAUCGAAUCUGAAUAGACAGUUUCUUUUCAGACCAAAAGAUGUUGGUCAAAACAAAUCAGAAGUCGCAGCUAGAGCUGUUGUGGAGAUGAAUCCUGAUUUAGCUGGUAAAAUUGAGGCAAAGGUUGACAAGGUUGGACCUGAAACAGAAAACAUAUUUGAUAACAGUUUCUGGCAAGGGCUGGAUGUGGUCACUAAUGCUUUAGACAAUAUUGAAGCAAGAGCAUACGUUGAUCGUCGUUGUGUCUUUUUCAAGAAGCCUCUAUUAGAAUCUGGAACUUUGGGUACCAAGGGAAAUACUCAGGUUGUCAUCCCUAGAUUGACCGAGUCAUACUCCUCCUCACAAGAUCCUCCCGAAAAGUCUAUUCCGCUUUGUACCUUGAGAUCGUUUCCUAAUAAGAUUGAUCAUACAAUUGCUUGGGCCAAAUCUCUAUUUCAGGGGUACUUUUCUGAAGCUCCAGAGAAUGUCAACUUGUAUUUAUCACAACCCAACUAUGUUGAAAACAUUUUGAAGCAAAGUGGUGAUGCCAAGGGCACGUUAGAAACUAUUUCCCAAUAUUUAAACGAGAGGCCUUACACCUUCGAAGACUGUAUCAAAUGGGCAAGAUUACAAUUUGAGACCAAGUUCAACCACGAAAUUCAGCAGUUGCUUUACAACUUUCCCAAAGACUCCGUAACCUCCACUGGUGCACCAUUUUGGUCUGGUCCAAAGCGUGCUCCCACACCAUUGGAGUUUGAUAUUGACAAUGAGGAUCACUUCAACUUCGUCGUUGGCGGCGCAAACCUUUUGGCUUUUAUAUAUGGUUUGAAGGGGGAUCAGGGUGAGCCUGAUAAGGCCCACUAUAAGGCAGUUUUGGACACUUUGAAGAUUGAGCCAUUCAAGCCCAGAAGCGAUGUUAAGAUACAGGCUGAUGAUAAUGAUCCAGAUCCAAACGCUAAUGGUAACGAUCUGAACGACGAUGUUAUUCAGAAACUUUCAGACUCUCUACCACCACCUUCUUCGUUGGCUGGUUAUCGAUUAACUCCUGCUGAAUUUGAGAAGGAUGACGACACUAAUCAUCACAUUCAGUUCAUUGCUGCUGCCUCCAACUGUAGGGCCUUGAACUACUCCAUCGAGACUGCCGACAAGCAGAAGACUAAAUUCAUUGCAGGCCGAAUUGUUCCAGCUAUUGCCACAACUACAGCUCUGGUGACUGGUUUGAUUACUUUGGAGUUAUACAAAGUUGUAUUUGGAAAGGAGAAGAUCGAGGAUUACAAGAAUGGAUUUGUAAACCUUGCAUUGCCAUUCUUUGGUUUUUCAGAACCAAUUGCAUCUCCUCAAUCCAAGUAUAAUGAUAAAUCUUUUGACCAAAUCUGGGAUAGGUUUGAUAUUGACAAAGACCUUACUCUACAAGAAUUGCUAGACAAAUUUGAGAAGGAUGAAGGUCUAGCUAUCAAUAUGUUAUCCUAUGGAGUAUCUCUUCUGUAUGCUUCUUUCCAUCCACCGAAAAAGCUGAAGGAUAGAUUACCAUUGAAGUUGACCGAGCUGAUCAAGACUGUGUCUAAGAAGGCUAUUCCCGCUCACGAGUCCAAGCUGAUUUUCGAAAUCUGUGCCGAUGACAAAGAAGGUGAAGAUGUUGAAGUUCCAUACAUCUGUUUGCACUUAGAUUAA